AUGGCCGCUUUUGUUAAUCGCGUUAAUCGUUUGAGAAGGCGUCAGCUGAUUGAGCGCGGUUUUGCCGACAGAAGCAUCCCGCUAGAAGUGUUAUCAAGUUUCCCCAACGUUCUUGGAUGCGUUGACUGUACACAUGUAAAGAUACGGGCGCCGAAACGGAACGAAAUGGACUUCGUCAACAGAAAGGGAUACCACUCCGUUAACAUUCAGAUGAUAUGUGACCCGCAGUUAAUCAUCACCGACGUAGUGGCGAAGUGGCCAGGCAGUGUCCACGACAGUCGGAUAUUUAGAGAGAGUAGUAUCUGCGCCUCGUUCGAGAAUGGUCAGCUUGAUGGGUUACUACUGGGAGAUUCCGGCUAUGCCUGUCGAACAUUUCUUCUGACUCCUUACCUGAAUCCACAAACGCCAUCACAGGAAAGGUACAAUAGAGCACUGACAAAAACAAGAGUGCUUAUUGAACAGACCUUUGGCAGUUCGCAAAGAAGAUUUGCCUGUCUUAGCUAUGGGUUGAGGGUGGACAAGGCAAAUGCAUGCCGCAUCGCCAUGGCGUGUGCCGUGCUACAUAACAUAGGUAUUCAAAGACAGGAUGUGUUUGCGAGAGGGACGCCGCCAUCUGAUGACCACCCAAUGACUGUUGGAGAAGCUGGGAACCAGAGUGGGGCACACUACCGAGAUUUUAUAUGUGCAACCUACUUUCGGGAAUAG